UGUAAAGCUGAAAGGGGUUAGUAAUUUGGGUGAACGCGGAGGAACCCAUUUAUUAUUGGUGUCCGGCACAAACAGGUUUUCAACCAUGGUUGACCAGAGAGAUGCACUUGGUACAUCAUGGCACGACAGCACAUGGAUCCCUAUUCUCAGUGCCAACAAUGUCAUGGACUACUUCGCGGAGCGCACAAAUCCGUUUUACGACCGCACGUGCAACAAUGAGGUUAUCAAGAUGCAGCGCAUCAACCCAGACCACCUGCAUAACCUGGUGGGCCUGGAGUACACGCUGCUGCACGUGCAGGAGCCGAUUCUGUACGUCAUCCGUAAGGAGCACCGCCACUCGCCCAACCAGGUGACGCCGCUGGCCGACUACUACGUCAUCGCCGGCAAGGUGUACCAGGUGCCUGACCUCGGCUCCGUCAUCAACUCUCGACUGACGUCGGCCAUCAACCACCUCCAGGAGGCGUUUGAGGAGGCUCGCUCCUUUUCACGAUACCACCCCUCCAAAGGCUACACGUUCGAGUUCAAAUCACAGAACGGACAGGAGCCGGAGACGAAGAAGCGGAAGAAGGAGACGGAGAAGGAGUUGGGCUCGGUGUUCCAGACGCAGCGUGUGGACAUGCUGCUGGCGGACCUGGCGCGCCGCUUCCCGCCCAAGGUGCCGCAGCAGCCGCCCGCCGGAUGCUGGUGGGACGCCGACGUCAAGGCGGAGCCGAAGCAGGAGAAGACCGAGUCGGUGACCAGCGUGCCGUCCCAGGCGUCCGAGGUCAAGGCCAAGGCGCCCCCGGAGAAGAAGCCGCGCCUCGGCUGA